AUGGAGUCAGCUACAGUUAAUGCGGUGGUGCCUCUGGAGUCCAACCCAGAAAUAUUCACCAAGUUUGCUAGUGAUUUGGGAUUAUCGCCACUUCUGGCAUUUUGCGAUAUUUAUUCGUUGGAUGAUCCAGAUCUGCUCUGUUUCUUACCAAGACCAAUGCAGGCAGUUAUUCUUUUGUUUCCAGUCACACAAAAAUACGAGGAGUUCAAAAAUAAGGAACAGGUGGAACCGGUGGACUAUUCCAAGGUGAUUUGGAUGAAGCAAGUGGUUAAAAAUGCCUGUGGGUUAUAUGCCUUGUUGCAUGCAUUGUUGAAUAUCCCAAAAGGAUUCAUGGUGCAGAAUUCUGAACUCUCUAAAUUGCGGUUGAACUUGUUGGAACACACAAAGGACCCAGCAGAACUUGUUCAAAGUAUUGCACAAACCAUGUAUUCGACGUAUAGUACACAGGGACAAACAGAGGCACCACCUGCAGAGGACAAUGUGGAUUUGCAUUUUGUUUGCUUUGUUAAAAAAAACGGCGCCAUUUACGAACUUGAUGGCAGACGGGAGGGCCCCUUGUUAUUAAAGAGCACAAACGAAGCAGGUUCUGAUCUUUUGAGUGAUUCCGUUGUCAGUGAAAGGGUGAAGAAAUACAUGUCUUUGGUUGAAGGGGACAAUUCGCUCCAGUUUGCAUUGAUGGGGUUGGCACCACGUAUGGAUUGA